AACGUUUGUGUUUCAAUCUAAAUGUAUACUUUGAUCAAACUUUCACGUAGCUGCGCGGUAACGUUAGCUUAGCCACGAUACGAGUCAUGGUCUCUUGGAUCGAGAUCUCGGCCGUAAUUCUAGUGAAUACAUGUUGCCAUGGGAAUCGACUAAAUGUCCCCCCGGACAGAACCCGAGCCACAGCGGCACCCAGACCAACGGCAGUCGCCUUGUAAUUCGUCGUACGUGUAAAACCACAGGAAACACGUCCGUGUGACAUUUGGCACGACUUCCUGGGUCUUUCCCCUCAAAUGGAACGGCCGGUUUGCGGCGGAAAGUCGACUUUUCGUCGGUUGGUUGGUUGAAUCUGAAUGAAAGAGAUGAGCGCCUCGAGGCAGAGAGCCAGAGAUCUAGUGACGGCCUAUGGCCACAGUUUGGAGCAGCAAAUCGUGGGACGAGGCUCCAACCUGGCUUGCAGAGAUGAGGAGCUGUGGACGGAGGUGGAGGUCCUGCUGAAGGACGGAGAUGCUCUGGAGACGCACUGCCUGGGACUGGAUCCACUGAGGGUGAUGGAGGAGUCUCUCGCGGCGGCAGCAUUGACAACAGCAGCCGGUGCUGGGCGAGUCAGAACCAGAGGAGGGCUGCAAGGCCUGGCUAAAGCGUUCGAGGUCCUGGAGCAAGCGGCCCUGAACCUGUACCUCGGUCCCUGGAGGGACGAGUACAAAGUAGUCAAGAUGUACUCCGGCAUGUUCACCCACUUUAUCAAGCCGGUGCUGUCGAUGCCACAGAUUGAGAAACUGUUUGGCCUGCUGGGAUACCAGCCCAGCUCGUCUCGGCACGAGCAGCUCCGUCUCCAGUCGCCCGGAGUCGGGUCGGCUUCUCUGGAUGACCUCCUCUGCUUGUCGUGUGCCUUCUUCAUGGCCCGCUGCGAGUGUGACCUCCUCCGGGCGGCUCUCGGGAAGCACGCUGGCGAGGCCCAGUGGGAGCUGACUGUGGUGAGGGAGAGGCAGAGAGGAACUGGCUUACAGGUCGCCAUGGACAACACCAAGAAGACCCUGGGUGCCAGCCAGCCACUGAUGGAGCCGUAUGACGCAGAAGCGGAGGUGGAUCUGUACACUGACGAGCACAUCAAUGGGGGACAGAGGGAGGCGGCUCUCCAUGACGAUGAGAGUCCCCACUCUUUGAGCUGGGCGGAUCACAGCAGUGCGUCGCCCCCCGCAGCCAAAGCACACAGGAACGGAGGGACGUCCCUGUCCUCCUCCUCCUCCCCGUCCAUCAGAGAGCACGCCUGCGUCUCUAAACUUGACUGCCAGCUUACCACGACGCCGGCACCACCGGACGCGGGCGCUCGGCCGGGCAGACGCCCCCGCGGAGAAUCGAGGUUCUACACGGCGGACUCUCAGUCGCGCAGCCUGCAGGUAGAAGCCAUGGGGCGUUGCAAGAGCGAGGUCGAAGCCAACCACCUUUGCGAAUGUCACCAGAUUGCUCUCCUUUGCCUGAGACGCUGCGUUGACUGCAACGUCACGCACGACUUGGCCUGUGCCUCGAUUCAGCGCUGCCACGCGGCGAACCACCGCAUAGAGCUCCCCCACAGUCCGACCGAAGAGGCGAGAGAAUUCAGGGCGCUGUCUCCGCAGGGCGGAAGCCUCAGGCUGAGCGAUACGAGCGUGUCGCCAACGCUCUCCACCGGCAGCGCGGGGAUGUCCUCCUUCGCCCUGUGCGACGACCCAAAAUCGAUGAUGCUGAUGCUGCCCCUCCAUCCGAUCGCCUACCACGAGUGCUGCGACCUCGCCCAGCUGGAUCCCCAAGCCCUGUGCGUCAGUUGCGGCGUCUUCCACGCCGGCACCUGCCGAGACAUAGACUUCUGCCAGAGUCACCACGACAUCAAGCCGCUGGGAGUGUGCUCCUGCGGGAGGGAGUGCUCCCGAAAGCCCCUGGUCCUGUGCCGAUACUGCGGGAACGAGUACUGCAGCGAUUGUUGGUACAGGAGCCCCGUCGUGUGUUCCUGCGGCCAAACGUUUGACCAAUCGUCUCCUGUGUGAUUUGGAUUUCGAAAAAAUUAAAUAUAAGCAUCGCGCUUAACGAGGCACAACUAUCAAAAUCACAGUGCCUUAAAAUCUGCGUACUGCAAACGGAAUCUGUUUAUUCUUUUUCUUUUUUUAUCAAGCACAAUGAAUCGAAUACUUUAAUGUUGCCUUGACACAAUACUGAAAUGCAGUAUUGAGUGUGCUCUGAAUGUUCUAUUUCAUUCCUUCUUUCUGAGACUCUCGUCACUCUCGCCAGUCAGUUAUUCAACAAGUGGCCAUAUUUACCAUUAUCAGUGUAUUGUUGGGGACUUGAAGUCGUGGUUACAGUUCGUGCUCCUCGGUCACUUUAAACGUAAUUCAGUGUGAAGCACAAGAACGUGUUUUCAUCUGUACGUGUUGCCUGCACGCACACACACACAGACUGGAGUAAAGAAAGGUCAAUACGCCAAUCGUCUGUGUUUAAAUGUGUUUUAUAAUUCUUUGACGGUGAAGUUACUGUAUAAGAAUGUACAACUCGGAGAAAACCAUUUAAUGUAUUAUUGACACUAAUCCAGCUCUUAACAUUAAGGGGAGACGACCCAGAUGACGAGGGUAAAACAUGUAGAUAUCACCAUGAAACUUCCCCAGUUAAUUAUUUGCAUUUAGACAAUUUGUUUUGUAAGUCUUCUCAAAUUGUAUGUUUGAAUAUGACAACCAUUUUUGCCAUGUUUUUAUAAAUAAAAAGUUGUAUAACUCCGA